UUCGAGAUACAUACUGUCAACAUGGAAUUCAAGAUUUGAAGCUAAGGUUGAUUCGCAAUAGGUCAUCUGAUGGAAGACAAUAUAACCUACCUUCUUGCUCAGAAGUUGAUGCACUCUUAAUUCAACCAUCAACACAUGGAGAAACACACCGUGACAUUAUUAUUGAGCACAAAGCCAGUGGUCUUCAAAAGAAUCACAGAAUUGCAUCCAAGCUUCAUGGCACUUCAGUAUCCCUUACUAUUCCCGUAUGGGGAGGAUGGUUUUAGGUUGGGGAUAAGUCAUCAUAAUCCAGAGAAUGGAAAAAGCUACAAACAAGAAACAGUUACAAUGAGGGAGUAUUAUGCUUUCCGCUUACAACAAAGAGCUACAGAGUCACAAGUUUUGCUUCGAGCUGGUCGUUUGUUCCAACAAUUUUUGGUGGACGCUUAUGCUUGCAUAGAAGAACGAAAUCUCAUAUGGGUGAGGAACAAUCAAAAACAAAUACGUGCUGAGUUAUAUAGCGGAUUACAAGAUGCCAUCAACGAAGGAGAUGUGAUGACAGAUGCAGUUGGUAGAAUGACAAUAUUACCUUCAAGUUACUACGGUGGCCCCCGAUACAGGGUCCAAAAUUACCAGGAUGCAAUGGCAAUAUGUCGUUGUGUUGGAUAUCCUGACUUAUUCAUCACAUUUACAUGUAAUCCAAAGUGGCCUGAGAUCGAAUAUUUUAUUGAAAGUAUUGAAGGACAAAAGAGUGAAGAUAGACCUGACAUAGUCAGCCGUGUUUUCUCCAUAAAGUUAAACGAGCUUAUUAAUGACAUCAAACGUCAACACAUCUUUGGAAGAGUUGUUGCAGUGGUGUAUACGGUUGAAUUUCAAAAGAGAGGAUUGCCACACGCACAUAUAUUACUUUUCUUGCAUCCAGAUGACAAAAUCCAGCUAGCAUCAGACAUUGAUCGAAUUAUUUCAGCUGAAAUUCCAGAUAAAGAGGUUGAUCCUCUUGCUUUUAGUGCAGUAGACAAAUUCAUGGUUCAUGGACCUUGCGGCAUUCAAAACCAAAAAUCUCCUUGUAUGGUGGAUGGAAAAUGCUCAAAGCAUUAUCCAAAGAAAUUUCAUGUCAAAACGUCACUUGAUGAAGAAGGUUUUCCUAUAUAUAUGCGAAGGAACAAUGGUAGACACAUUGUGAAGAAUGACAUCAAACUUGACAACCGUAGUGUGGUCCCUUAUAAUAGGAAUCUCUUGGUUAAAUAUGCUGCACAUAUAAAUGUUGAGCUUUGCAACCGAUCAAGAUCAAUUAAGUACUUAUUCAAAUACAUCAACAAAGGCCCUGAUCGAGUUACUGCAGUAAUAUCUGAUGCUGGAAACUCAAGUAGUAGUUCACAGAAAUUGAUGAAAGCACGUGAUGAAAUAAAGGAAUACCUUGAUUGCAGAUAUAUUUCUCCUUCUGAGGCUGCUUGGAGAAUCUUUGAAUUUAGAAUAUUUUAUCGAGAUCCGCCAGUCGAACGACUAUCCUUCCACCUCCCAGGGCAACAAACAAUUUACUUUCCAGAAGGUAUGCGGGUUGAAAAUAUUUUACAUCGGCCAGGAAUUGAAAGGACCAUGUUUACUGAGUGGAUGAAAGUGAACAGUGAGGACAUGGAGGCUCGAGAACUCACAUAUUCUGAAUUCCCUACAAAAUAUGUUUGGAACAAAAGCAAGAAGAUCUGGACAAGGAGGCGUAGGGGCAGGUGUGUUGGUAGAUUAUACUAUGUGCAGCCAACAAGUGGAGAAAAGUAUUAUUUGCGAAUCCUUCUCAACUUUGUUCGAGGUAGUUGUUCAUAUGAAGAACUAAGAACUGUUGAUGGUUAUUUACAUCCCACUUUCAAGAGUGCAUGUUAUGCUCUGGGUUUAUUAGAAGAUGAUAAAGAAUGGGAUGAUUGCAUAAAAGAGGCUGCAAUUUGGCAUACUGGAAUACAACUUCGAAAACUGUUUGCAUUAAUUUUGAUACACGAAGAGGUCAUUGAUCCAAAACGACUUUGGGAAUCAAACUGGAAAAUACUUUCUGAAGACAUUUUAUACAGGCAACGCCGUUUAUUAAACUUCCCCAACCUUCAAUUGUCAGAUGAACAAGUGAAAAACUAUGCCCUAUUGGAGAUGGAAAAGAAUCUUGUAGAAGCUGAGAAAUCACUAGAAGAUUACCAGGGAAUGCCCAUUCCGGAUGGAAAUUUAAGGACACAAAUGACCAACCGUCUUAUCAGCAAAGAAUUGAACUAUGACAAGUUGAAAAUGCGUGAGGAAUAUUGUAAACUGUUUUCUGGUCUAAAUUCAGAACAAAGAGGAAUUCAUGAUGUUGUUCUUCAAUCGAUCAACUCUAAUUUGGGUAAGUUGUACUUUGUGUAUGGUUCAGGUGGAACAGGGAAAACAUACCUCUGGAGGACCAUCCUAGCAAAAGUAAGAUCUGAAGGGAAGAUAGCCAUUUCAGUUGCUACUUCUGGUAUCGCAGCACUUUUGCUACCAGGUGGACAAACUGCCCAUUCAACAUUUAACAUACCUUUGAACCCAGAUGAAGAAUCAACAUGUUUCAUCAAAAAAGGGACACAACUAGCUGAAUUAAUCAUGCAAACAUCGUUAAUUAUUUGGGAUGAGGCACCAAUGGCUAACAAAAAUUGUUUUGAAGCAGUUGACCGAUCGCUUCGUGAUAUUAUGAAGACCAUUAGUGAAGAACGUUCAACUAAAACAUUUGGGGGAAUAACUACCAUACUUGGGGGUGAUUUUAGACAAAUUCUACCGGUUGUCCGCAAGGGUGAUAGGCAAGACACAGUGCAGGCUUGCAUAAAGAAUUCUUAUCUUUGGGAUUCUUGUGAGGUUCAUUCUUUAACAGAAAACAUGCGUCUGAAAUCAAAUCAUCUAGACUCCGCAUCAAAGGCUGAAAUGAGAAAGUUUGCAAGAUGGAUACUAGAUAUUGGCGAUGGAAAACAUUGCUCAGAUACAGGAGAAUCAUGGGUACCAAUACAACCAGAUUUGAUGGUUGAAAAAACAAACAACGGUGUUCAGGCUAUUGGAAAAACAAUCUAUCCAGAUCUGGAGGCACAUAUUGGAGACUCUACUUAUCUUGUGCCUCGAGCUAUCUUAGCACCCACCAAUGAAAUUGUUGACAUCAUCAAUGACCACAUUAUGGAAAGGAUUCCGGGAGAAGAAACUACCUAUUUAUCAUCAGAUUCCAUUUCUAAGGCAGAUUUCAAGGUUCAGGAUCAAGACUUACUUUAUCCAACUGAAUUUUUAAAUACACUAAAAUUCCCAGGAUUUCCAACUCACAUUUUGAGGCUCAAAAAAGGAGCAGUUGUCAUGCUUCUUAGAAAUCUAAACCAAGGAGCUGGCCUUUGUAAUGGUACAAGGAUGAAAAUAACUCAGCUUGGAAAAUGGUUCAUCGAAGCAGAAAUAUUAAGCGGCUCUAACAUUGGGGAUAUAGUUCUAAUACCAAGAAUAACAUUGUCACCUUCAGAAUCAAAAUGGCCUUUUGUCCUUAAAAGAAGACAAUUUCCAUUAUCCUUAUGUUUUGCGAUGACCAUAAAUAAAAGCCAAGGACAAUCAUUACAGCAUGUUGGAUUAUUCUUGCCAAAACAAGUAUUUACUCAUGGACAGUUGUACGUCGCUGUAUCAAGGGUUACCAGUAGAAAUGGAUUACGCAUCCUUACUACUGAUGAUGACCAACCAAUGGAUAACAUGGUUUUAAACAUUGUCUAUAAGGAGAUUCUUUAAUACUCUACUACUAUCAUCAUACGUUCAAAGCAAAAAACAGCUUCCGAGUAAAACCCAACAUUUCAACACCAUACCAAAGCUGGAGCAAUGAAAAACAUGAUAUUUCGUGUGAGAAUCAAUUAUGGAUACACACACAUUGCUUGAGAGUAAAUGCCACCAUUUCAAAAUCAUACCAAAUCUGGUGCAAAUGAAGGAAGACUCAACAAGCUAUAGAGGAUUGCCUAUAUUAUCUGCAGUUCAAAUACUCUCCUAAUAAAUUGUCUCAUUCUUGACAUAUGCUUGCUCAGGAUCUUUGAUAACCAAUUAUUAUUCUAUUUCUUUAAUUUUUAUUUUAAGCUUCAUUUGUAAGUUGGUCCAAACUUAAAAAUCACUGUUGAUGAGUUAAUCUUUUUCUUUUCUUGCAGAGUUAUGACGGAGAUGAUAACGUAACAAUAGUAAAGCCACAAGUUUGCGAGAAGACCUCUUACACACAACAAAACAACUUCUUUGGUUGUACGUUAUUCCACUACUUUUAUGCUUUUCUGAUUUUCAUGCCAUAUGGUUUUUGCAGGUGCUACUUAGAGGUGACUAAGAUGUCACACCGGUUACCAUCACAAUGACGCCAAAUUUGAAUCAUAAAUUGUGAAAACUGUCAAGUCAUGGAAAAAGGUUUAAUAAAUAAAAAGACACAUUUUGUUGUUCCUUGCAGAGUGAAGCUUGAAAAUGCUAACAGAUUGUCCAAUGGUUCCACUGCUGCUGAAGAGGUGUUAACGUCUUAGGGAAUCGGUCUGGCAAAAUCAGUUGAGAGCGCAACCAAAUCUGUAUCAGGAAUUGAGGAUUUGUCCUCUUUGAGAAGG